AUGAAUAUAAAAUGGCUAUCGAAUAUAUCACUUUUUAAUUAUAAGGAAAAAAAAGGAAAACAUAAUUUUGUUAGAAGCCGAAAAAGGUUUCGAACCAUAACAUGGAAAUACACCAAAACAAUUGGACCAUUUGCUUCAUUCAUAUACAUAUUUAACCAAAGCAUAGGAUCAAGCCUAUUCGAUAUUCCAAGUUUAAUAGACGAGGUAGGAUGGAUCCCAGUAAUUCUUGGAAAUAUGUUUAUCUGUUCAGUGGCUGUUUUUUGCAGCCUAAUGAUAUUAAGAGCCAUGACUAUGAUACCAAAGAACAAAAAUUUUGAACAGAGAAUUGAAUACAGUGCAGUUAUAAAAUAUUUUAUGUCCAAUGAAAAAUAUAAAAUUGUUUCCUUUUUAUACCACUUGGGGAAUUUAUGUAAUAACAUUUGUGGUAUACUUGUCAUAUCAAAAAUAAUAGACAUAUUCAUUAUUAAAUUAUUUGGGCAUACUAUAUUAUUUCAAGUUUAUCCAGAAAUAAAAAUUUCGAAAUGUUCUUUAUCUCUUUUGAACUCUAUGUUUAAUGGGUAUUAUUAUUCGAGCACAGGACAUUAUGAAACAAUAGUAAUAUAUGGUUUUACCUUAGGCUAUAUUAUUAAUGCAAUUAUAUGUAUACAUUUAUCAUCCAAAGGAUUAGAAGAAACUAUAAAUUAUCAAUAUGUUGUUUUUAUGAUAUUUAUGACUUCCUUUUUAUACCUUUCCGUUUCUUCUACCAUAUAUUUACUUUCUCAAAAUUACAUUGAUGAACACAAAGCAAUUAAUAAUUUGGAUGCAUAUAACAAUUUAAUAUUAAAUAGAGUUCAUUUAGAAACUGAUUUAAUAAAAAAUUAUGGCAAACAUAAAGAAUUGAAUAAUAUUCAAAAAAACCUCCAAUUAUGUAAAAAUCCAUUUUUUGAUAAAUGCCCAGGUAUGAACAAUUUCGAAAAAAAUAAUUCACCAGAAUCUAGCCCCAAUGCAGAAAUAUCUAGAUUCAAGAAUAUUGUGCAUAAUUUCCAAAGAGAAUUAAAAAGGGACCAUUUACAGAGAAAUAAUAAAAUAUUCAGUUGUUCAUGUUUUUAUUUAAAUCCUUUAUAUAAAAAAAAUGUGUAUGUAUUUCACAACAAUAUUUUUUAUUUUAUGUUAUCAAGUUGUGUAAACAGAUUAAAUAUUAAAAAUACUAAAAUUAGACAACAUUUUUAUUCUGUAUACAAAUUUUAUGAAGAAAAAAAUAUCAUCGAUGGAAGAAUUUCAAGUCAAAACAUGAUCAAAUGGUGGAAUCAUAAAAUAGAGAUGCUUAAAAAAAAAGAAAAUAAUGAUUAUAUAGAGAAUAAGUUUCAUAGUACAUACAAUCGUAAUGGAGGAAAAGAAGAAGGAAUCAAUAUGAACAGCCAUCAAGAGAACCUAAACUACGAGAAAAAGGAAAAAACAAACAAAAUGUUCUUUAAAAAUUUGUACUAUAUGAUAAGCAGGAUAGAGGGAAUAAAAACUUACUGUAUGGGAAAAACAUUUGCUAAUUUCAUUGAUUCUUACGGGUUCGUAAGUAAUAUUCCAUCUUGGGGAAAUGAAAUAACGGAUGAUGUUAAUGUAUCAAAAUCUAUGUGGGUUACAGCAAUUUUUAGCAGCAUUUUUUAUUUUAUAUUCGGUCUUAUAUUUUGUCUCAAUAAUUCAUUUCAAAAUAUUAAUACUUCAGUUUUAUAUAUUUUUAACUUUGUUGCUGUAGCUCCUAAAGUUAUUACGGGUUCUAUAUCCAUGCGUUAUGAUUUGAUGAAUUUAGAUAUAUGCUCUGAUAGUGCUGCUUUUUUUUUUGGAUGCAUAGCACCCUUUUUAUCUGCAUGGAUAUUUUCGAAUGGCAUUAUUUUUUCAGAUGCAUUUAAUUAUAUAAGUCUAAUUUGUGGCCUUUUUUGUAAUUUUUUGUCUCCUGCAUUUGCAUAUAUAUCAGCAUGUGAAAGCAAUAAAUCUUUUUAUAAAAAUCCAUUAAGAAAAUACACAAUUGUGAACAGAAAAAAGACAGUUUUUUCAUGCAGUUCGGAUAUUCGAAAAGCACUUGGAAAUAUAAUUGAUACAUUUGAUGACAAUGACAAUCUUUGUGAAACAGAAGAUGGUGAUAACGAGAAGGAGAAUUAUCAAUAUAAUUGUCACAGUAAUCAGAGUGAAAACGAAGGAAUAGUAGGAUACAGAAGAUCGAUGUCGUUAAACAGGUAUAUAAACCCGAAAGAAUCACAAAUAUCUUCAGUUAGUGGAAGUUCUUAUUUCAAAUUAAUAAAUGGGGAAUAUACACCUAAAAGCUAUUCAAAGGAUAGCACUUGCUAUGGUUCCCUAUCAUAUAAAAGUUCAAAUGAUUUUAAAUUAUUAAGUAAUAAUGACAGUUAUGCACGUGCAUGUGCAGAAACAAUCGAAAUGGAGCAACUUUGCAUAAAUGAAGAUAUUAAAAAGGAAGAUAAUACCGAUAACAAUGCUUGCACAGAAAAAAAGAACAACCAGAAGAAGAAGAAAAAAAAAAAAAAAGGAGUUAUGUUUUCAGAUGAGGUAAAGGAAUAUUCUUCAGAAAAAAUUUCCAUAUCCAAAAGUAUUUGUCCUUGUGAUGAAAAUGGGUUAAGAAAUAUCACUAGGGUGAGUAAUUUGAGUACAAAAGAAUGUCAAACGAAUGACAAGAACAUAGAUGUGGAGCCAAAAAAGGUGUCCUUUUCAAUGGAACAAAAUCGAAUAAAAAAUCUUGACGACAUGUGCAAAGUCGAAAAUAUAUCUCAUGAACUUUUAGAAGAUAAUAAAAAUACUCAAAAAGAGAAAAAGGGGAAAAAAAUAUUAAUGUUUGCAGACCAAGUAGAAAUGUGUAAUGAUGUAAACACAAUUUUAGAAACAAAAAAACAACAAAAAAAAAAAGGGGUAACAUUUAAGGAUGAACCGAAGGAACCAUUUAUAGAAAAUGCAAAGUAUGAAAAAAAGGAAAAAAAAGUAGUAAUGUUUAUGCACACUGCACAAGUUUCCAGCGAAGAGAUAGAUAUAAAGGAAAACAGACAAGUUAAUAAAACCCUAAAUGAUCAAAUGAUUAGUAAAAAAAAGGAAGAACCAAAUGGAAAUUUGAAUCCAAUAAGUGACGCUGAAAAUUUAAAAGAAAAAGAGGGUACGAAGGAAUACAAAACAAGCCUAUUUAAAUACGAAAAUGAAAACCAAACAAAAUCGAAGGAAAUAUUAAAGGAAGAAUCAACUUUAUCAAAUAUUAAAGAAAAUGAAGAAGAAACUAACAAGAAUAGUAAAAACAAGUGCACAGAUAAGCAGAACCAUAUUGUGGAUAACCAUUUUCUUCAGGAAACCAUUAACCAGAAGUGGUCAUCAGAGAAGUUUUCCCAUUAUGAAAUAAAAAAAAAAAAUAAUAACAAGUUUAUAAUGAAUGACGAAGAAAAUGGAAAAAAUUGCAUUGUUUCCAAUGGGCAAAUUGUCGAAAUUGAAAAUUGUAGCGAAAUUGCAGAAGCAGCACAACGUUCAGAAAAUGAAGGCAUUCCAGACGAAGACAGGAUAGAACUUAAAGAAAAGAAGAGAAAAAUCCUAAAAAGUCGUUGUGUUCAUUUUGAGGAGGAUAGACCAAAUGAUACUUUUCCAACCUUGCUAAAAAAUUCAGACACACAAAUUGAGAACAUCACACAGUAUGAGAGAAAUUUUAGUGAUUUAAAAAAUAAUUAUGAUGUGAAAAAAGAAAUGAAAAAAAUAGAACUCAAAGAAAAUAAGUUUAUAAAAAAAAACGAUUCUUUUGAACAUAAGGAACAAAUUUUUAAACGGCAGAGGGGAAAGCUAAAAUCCUAUUGUAAACAUACCAUAACAAAUGUGCUAGAAAAUUUCGACAAAUAUGAUAAUUCAAUACAAAAUGUUCAACCAUUAGAACAGAAGGAAAAUAACAGAGAUAAAACUCUUAACAAUACCUUGAAAACGUAUGAAAAGUGGAAUGAAAUUAAUCCUAAUUGUAACGCCCCUGAUGGAAGCUAUACUAAUGACAAACUUUUUGUUCAAGACACAAUGAUUGAAGAAAUUGGUGAUAUUCGUAAUAAAGAAAAUACAUUUUCUUCUUUUGAAAAGGAUGAUUUUGCCAUUAUUUCCAAUGAGCAGAUAGAUAAAACUCGUGACAGAAAUAAAACAACAGUUUUUUCAGAACAAAUUCAUCAGAUCAAAGAAAAUGAAACUGGAACAUCUGACCCUAUAAGAAUGGAAGGAAAGUCAUAUAGUAUUAAUUUGAAGAAGGAAAUCUCAGAAGAUAGCGAAAUUUUAAUUAAUUUGAAAGAUGUAAGAGAUGAAAAUUAUUUAGACAAGAAUAAUUCACAAAUAGGACAGUCGCUACACAUAUACCAAAAGGAAGACAAAUUGGGGGAAAAUUCACGAUGUUUUCAUUCUGAUGAUGUGUUAACUUGUAAAAAUCACAAUAAUUGUGGAACUAUUAUAAAUAAUUGCCAAAUGAAUCUUCUAAUAAAUAAUGCUAGCUAUAAAGAUGAACGUGGAUCUUUGCUUAGUCACUCCAAGUCAGAUGAACUAACAGGAAAAACAAGCAAUAUCAUGCAUAUCUUUUCACCACAAGAAGAAAAUAUUCAACACGAACAACAGUUUCCUUCAUCUUUAAAAGAUCACAAAAAAAAUUUGUUUUCAUUUCUGAACAAUCCUAACAAAUACAAAAGUGCAUCAUAUGAAAUUAUAUCACUACCUGAUAACACUACUAUGCAACAUAGAAAACUGAAAAGUUUAAGCACACAGGGUUCAAUUAACGAAGUUGAGGAAACAUGCAAUAAGAAGGAACUUAAUAAAAAUAACAUCCUAUUUAUUAGACAAAGAAAAAAAUUAAAAUCUUCCUUUCAUGCAAAUGGUGAUAUGAUAACAGGAAAUCAUAAAGAAGCAAUACACAAAGAACAAAUUAACGAAUUUCGUAAACAAAUAAGUGAAGAAUCGUACAUAACUAAUUAUUAUAAUGAUGAGCAAUGCACAGGUAUGUCACAAACCCAGGAAUGCCAAAUGGAAAAGGAAAAGACAAAUCAAGUGAACAUGAAUAAAGAUAAAAUUGUUCAGGAUAAUCAAAAAUUAGAAAUAUCAACAGGAACUAUAAUGAAAUCGUGUGAAACGGAAACGAUAACCCCAACCCCAGAUGUGGUGCUAAAAGAUUCUAUAGAAUCCAAAUCCAUAGAAUUCCCAAGACGUAAAACAUGUUACAAAUUUGUAGACAUUUCGAAAUUAAUUAGUGACUUAGAUGAAUGUGAAUUCGAAUCUGAAGAGAAUAAAAACAUAGACAGUGUAGAACAUAGAAUAGAAGACAAUAAUGAGGGAAAGAAUGAUGAAGAGAAAGGAUAUUAUUUUAUGAAGUCAACGAUUGACAUAAAUUUAAGUACUAAUAAAAGCGUUAGUUUUCAUGAGGAAGAAAACGAAAUAAUGAGGAAAAAAGCUACAUCAGCAGAAAUUGAAAAACCAGAUGUUGUGAAAAAACUUGAAAAGAUGUACUCUGCAUUAUCAAAUAAAUUGCAUUCGGAGAAUUCAGAAAUUUUUACAAAUGAUGACACUGAUUACACGGAUUGCGUUGAUGUUCGUUGUUUUAAAAUUAUAGAUAACAUUAGUCCUGUUAAACAUUAUUACAAUGCUUUUCAUAGAAGUAGAAUUUUAGACUCCAAAAAAUAUGAUCAUAUUUAUUCAAAUGACAUUAUGAUAGAUAACAAAACAAAUAUGGACCAUUUAUGUUCCAUUUUUUUAUUUGGAAAUCCUUUAGAAAGAAAUGAAGAAUAUGAAAAUAAUAAAAAAAAUUUAGAUUCACUUGACGAACCAAAAGACAUAACUAAGGAUACCCAAAAAGAAAUAGAUAAUUCACAAGACAAAUAUGAUUCUACUUCAAAGCAUAAAGAUAAAAAAAAAAAUAUUUUACAAGACAGAUAUGAUUCCACUACAAAUCAUGAAGAUGAAAGAAAAGAUAUUUCUUCCAAUUCUCUUUUUUAUGAAGAAAAGGACAAUCUUAUUAUACGCUCCUUUUCAGGAAAUUUAGGAAGACACGGAAAAAUACAGAAGAGAACUAUAUUCGAAAAAAGUGAAUUACGCGCCACCACUGGCUUGUCUCGAAGAAAAUCCAACUUAAGCUUUAAUCCCAAUGAAGAAGUUAUUAAUUCAGAGGAAUUAAAUGACAUAAUUCGAAGCAACGACAUCGUUGGAGACGUACAGAAAAGGAGCUCUAAUAAAAUAGAAGUUAUAAAAAUUAGAAUUCAUGUAUACCCAUCCCUUCUCCAGAAAUAUCAUGUAGAAACUACUUACUUGUUAUUGGGAUGUCUAACAGUUUUUUCAUUUGUUGCUAUUAUAUCUGAUUUGUUAUUUGUUUAA